AGAUCAAGCUCAAGCUCAAGAGAGAAAGAGAGGGAGGCUGUUACGCAGUGGACCAAAUUCUUCGCCGUAUUUCCGUUUUUUCACCGCUAAUAACCGCAUAGAAGCACCGUGGCCGCCGAGAUGAAGGUCCUGGUGGCCCUGUGUGCUGUGGCGUCCUGUCUGGCCUCGGCACAGCUGCUGAGGGCUGACAAAAUGGGGCUGAAGUACAAUCCUGAAACCAAACAUUAUGAGAAGGCUCUUCUGGGCCAGGACGGACAUGACCAGCAGCCUCAUGCACAGGCUCUUCUGGGUCAGGAUGGGCAUGAUCAGCAGCCUCAUGCAGAGGCUCUUCUUGGACAGGACAACCAUGACCAGCUCCCCCAUGGAAGGGCUCAGCUGGGCGGGGACGGGCAUGACCAGCAGCCUCAUGGACAGCACAUCCUUGGGCAGGACGGCCAUGACCAGAAGCCUCAUGGGCAGCGAGUUCUUGGCCAGGAUGGACAUGACCAGCGACCCCACGGGCAGCAAAUUCUUGGCCAGGAUGGACAUGACCAGCGACCCCACGGAAAGCAACUUCUUGGCCAGGAUGGACAUGACCAGCGACCCCACGGAAAGCAACUUCUUGGCCAGGAUGGACAUGACCAGCGACCCCACGGACAGCAACUUCUUGGCCAGGAUGGACAUGGACAGCGACGCCUUGGGCAGGACGGGCAUGACCAGCGGCCCCAUGGACAGCGACUCCUUGGCCAGGAUGGACAUGACCAGCAGCCUCACAUGCAGCGAGUUCUUGGCCAGGAUGGACAUGACCAGCAGCCUCACGGGCAGCGAGUUCUUGGCCAGGAUGGACAUGACCAGCGGCCUCACGGGCAGCGAGUUUUUGGCCAGGAUGGACAUGACCAGAGGCCCCACGGAAAGCGACUCCUUGGACAGGAUGGACAUGGGCAGCGACGUCUUGGGCAGGACGGGCAUGACCAGCGACCUCACGGGCAGCACCUUCUCGGCCAGGACGGACAUGACCAGCGAUCUCACAAGCAGAAGCCUCGCAAACAUAACAAGCACAAGGCCAGAAAGAUUCUGGGGCAAGACAACCAUGACCGCAGAGCACACAAGACGCAACUCCUUGGCCUGGGCUCUCAUGACUACAAGAAACAUGGCAAGAAAACCAUUGGAGGGGGCAGCCACGACCUUGGCCACAUGGGGAUGUUCAAGACCUUCAUGAAGCAGCACAGCAAGACCUACAAGAAUAAGGCUGAGUUCAAGAAGAGGUUCAAGAUCUUCCACCAGAACAUGAAGAAGGCACACAUCCUGCAGCAGAACGAGCGAGGCACUGCCAAGUACGGCCCGACCAAGUUUGCUGAUCUCACUGAGCGCGAGUUCCGUCGGAUGCUGGGCUUCCACCCCCACAUGAAGCCUGCCACCUCCUCCAUGGAGCGCGCUGCCAUCCCAGACGUUGAGGUCCCUGUAAGCUUUGACUGGAGGGAGCAUGGAGUUGUCACGCCCAUCAAGAACCAGGGUAUGUGUGGCUCCUGUUGGGCCUUCUCCACCACCGGCAAUGUUGAAGGCCAGUGGGCACUCAAACACAAGCAACUUUAUUCCCUCUCUGAACAAGAGCUGGUUGACUGUGACACAGAGGAUGAGGGUUGCAAUGGUGGCCUGCCAGAGAAUGCCUAUGAUGCCAUCGCCAAGCUGGGUGGCCUAGAAGUAGAGGACGAUUACCCUUACGAGGGCGAUGAUGAAACCUGCCACUUCAACAGAUCCCUUGCCAAGGUGACGGUGAAUGGGUCUGUGGAGCUGCCAGCAGAUGAGGUGGCCAUCGCCAAGUGGCUCACCCAGAAUGGUCCCAUCUCCAUCGGCAUCAAUGCCAACGCCCUUCAGUUUUACGUUGGAGGAGUGUCUCACCCGCUGAAGUUCCUGUGUAACCCCAAAAGCCUUGACCACGGCAUGCUGAUCGUCGGCUAUGGCAUCCACACCACCAAAUACCUGCACAGAAAGCAACCCUUCUGGAUUGUCAAGAACUCAUGGGGGGAGGACUGGGGGGAGCAGGGCUACUACCGUGUGUAUCGUGGAGACGGGACAUGCGGCGUCGACCAAAUGGCUACCAGUGCCAUUGUGCCCUAACUCACUACCAACAAUUUUUUUUUAAUGUAACUGAUGUUCGUAAAGGACAUCACCAAAAAAAUACUAAACAGAAUUUUAAACUUCCUUUGUCAAAUUGGAAUCUUAUGUAAGUUUUAAAUAGACAGCUAAAUAAUUUAAUUUUUUAGAAAAGAGUAUCUAGCCAAAUUAAUUGGUAAUUAGGUUAUGUUUCAAAAUGUUAAUGUACCCGACAUUACUUUGAACAGUAAUCAGGUUUUAGUGUUUGAGAUUAUAGAUACGCUACUCUUUCAAUUACUCAGACUCUGCAUAAUACUCAUCGGAACAAGUUGGUUGUAUUGUUUUGAGAGCCACUUUUCAUCUCUGACUUGGCUUUUUGUUGUGUGGAUAUCAAAGGACAUGUGUUUAGUCCUCUUGGCCACACUGAAACUAGAAAUGCUACUUAACUUAAGCUACUACUUGUAUGGUAACAUUCUACUUAAUUUCUUUGAUGUGUGAAAUUACUGUAAGCAACAAACAAUUUUUAUCCCUUAAAAAUGAAUGUAUCCCAAGAUAUAAUUUUUGUUACUUUAUAUUAUCUACUUAAGCUUUAUCGGCACAUUAACUUAUUUUUUAUUAUUACGCUUAAGGGGUAAUUCCUGAACGUCACUAGUGUAAUGAGGCAAGGGCAUUCAGGUCAUGUGAGGGAGUCAUUAUUCAUUUGCAACAGCAUUAAAGUGGAUUGUUCACUAUAAGAAAUUAGACGUUAAUAUAAAAUAAAAAUAGUCAUGCACCACUUAACAUCCAUAUAUUCUGAGAGAGGGUUGCAUAACUUGUACAGUAUGGAAUUACAGUAAAGUGAGCCCCAAUACAACUUUAAUAACCUAUAAAGAAUAUGAACAUAACUUAAUCUGAACCACAGACAUUUCAGUGGAUGGACUAUGUGGCGCAUAACUGUGUGUGUGAGAAAGUUUUAAAAUUACGAACAAUUGCAAAUAAAAGGAAGGAAUAUAAACAUAUUGAAACAUAUCUCUCAGCUAACCAAUAGAUCAUUCACACUUCUGAUUCAGCAACAUGAUGUACUCCUCUCACAGCCGUGCCAGAACCCUUGACCAUGAACCAUUAUGGGAUCAUUGUGCUGUUAGCAUGCCACACUGUGAAUAUUCAUCCUAUCAUUGAAAUUACCAUAAAUUGUAGAAUGGAAGAUACAUUAAGCUUCAUUUGAUUAUUCCCAACUAGAUGAUGAUCAAUGUAAAUGUUGCAUAUUUUAUAGAUGCUCCAUAAUAUCAUGUAGCUUUAUUGCCACGGUCUUUAGUUCAGUUUAAGCGACUUAAGUGAUAUGAGUGGUUGUGAUGUAUAAACCCAGUCGUUUGUAGCACUGAGGCGCUUUAAAUUAUACCUUUACCGGUAGAGAGCAGCACGGCUUGAAAAAAGUAAAGCAUUCAAAAAUUCUCUAGGCAAUCCCCCAGGACUAUUUACUGCGGGUAGUAUUCCAAGACAAUGCCACACCGUGAAUCUGUUCUUGCCUGAUGUCGAGUAGCGAUCUUCCACCUCUGUUACACGUUAGUCUUUAUCAAGAAGCCACCUGGCAUCCCCAUCAGGUCAAUGCUAAAAGGCAAAUCUGGAUGGGAAAUUAGCAGCUUACAUAUCACAUAAGUUCAAGCCAAUAUCUUUUUCAGGGACAAUAAUUAAUGCAGAAAAUAAAAGUUAAGUGCAAAGUUUGUUAACUAUUGUAAGGUGAAUUGUGCCACAAUUUAUGGAACCUGAAAUUUCUAUACAGGUAGCUACACUAAGGUUAAACUUAAAGGCUUCCUUUUGAAUGUAAUGAAUUGAUAUGGUAGAAGUAAAGGAAUAGGAAGUGCCCAUUUACUCAGAGCAUGGGAACAAAUAGCUUUUAGAGAUGUCCUUUGUAGGUUUGUACUCAGUUGUUUGUAAGUGGUAUUGUUUCAUAAUUAUGAUGCCAAAACCUCCUUCCGAAACCCUUGAAAUAAUAAAAUUAAUGUGCUCUCUGGACAUUAAAUGUUAAAGUAGUUGGAUAUUAAUGUAAAGAAGUUGGUCAAAUUAAGUGUGUCAACUGUGAACUUGUGUUCUGCCCCCGUGUCAAACUACUAUCGGUUAACCUUCCGAUUCCUCCAUCCCUUUCUCACUAAAGAAGAAUGUUAAUUAACAUCAGAAUAAAGUGACAACCUUA